AUGAGCAAGCGUACAAAUAAUGAUGUCUACAAUUACCUGGAGGAUGAGGAUGACAAAGAUCCUGGUCUUCAAAAGAUGUAUGCCCGAGUGGAGAGUGUCUCGAGGGACCGUAGACGCAUUAAAUUCAACCACAUUAGGGAUAUGCCAAGGCUUGAGCCUGAAAAGAUGAAUGAAGACAAUGACGAUCAGCUAUACCGCAUGAGAGAUGACUGGGAGCCUUACAUGGACGCAAUGGAUGCGGACGAUGAAGAAGACCAGCCCGCAGAGACAGCGGAACCCCAAGCAAGCGACCAUGCUGUUGUGACUUCGAUGCCGCAAAAACAAUACUUGUCAUUGGAUAAUCCUCUCCUAGUGUGGGUCGGCCGCACCGAUUGCCCAGGAUAA